AGUUCAGACACCAGAGCCAUACAUUUGCUGCUAUGCAGCUUGUUUGGAAAGCGUUUUAUGUCAAUGUGACUGAACUGAGCCUUCUGUGCUGCUAUCUCCCAGAUCAUAAAACCCUGUAUGCCCACGAUUGCACCCAUGCACUAGUUGUAGACACAGACACUGUACAUGCAUGAACAGGGAACAAGAAGGAACAGAGGCAGGAAUUAUUAUCACGUACACAUUGAAGGUCAGAUUCCCAAGUAACACUAUUCCUCUUGCCACUCCCCCACUUAUAUGAUCAGAUGAUUGUAUGAAGGUGUGGCACUGAGAGCGUAUUUCCUUUCCACCAUUUUUGAAAAAAACUACGUUAUGCUUUUGCUUCCUCCCAAGAAGAAGUUGGUUAUUAAACACUCAUAGUGGUACGGUGUGUAGACUGAAUCAACAUGACUGUCACUGGAGGAAUCAAGUGUUUGAAAUAUCUCAUGUUUGUUUUCAACUUUUUCUUUUGGCUUGCAGGCACUGCUGUCUUUGCUAUAGGCCUUUGGCUAAGAUUAGACCCAAAGACCAAAGGCCUGUUUGAAGGAUCAGACUCUCCGUAUGUGUUUUACACAGGUGUAUAUAUCCUGAUAGCAGCUGGAGCACUGAUGAUGGUGGUGGGUUUUCUGGGAUGUUGUGGGGCCAUCCAGGAGUCCCCCUGUAUGCUGGGACUGUUCUUCUUCUUCCUGCUUAUAAUAUUUGCCAUUGAGGUUGCAGCCGGAAUCUGGGUAUUUUCCAACCAAAGCAAGGUGGUGAAUGACAUCACAACAUUUUACAUGCAGACCUACAACAACUUCAAGGCAACAAAGGAUGAACGCCUCAGAGAGACACUGCGGGUGAUUCAAACCGGGCUGAACUGCUGCGGUCCAACUGGUACUGUAGCAGAUACUGCCAAAGAAACCUGUCCCCAGGGAGAGCCGCUUGAAGUGCUCAUUACUAAGAGCUGUCCUGACGCCAUUGAUGAGGUAUUUGACUCAAAACUUCACAUCAUAGGAGGAGUGGGCAUCACCAUUGGUGUUGUUAUGGUGUUUGGGAUGAUCUUUAGCAUGCUCUUGUGCUGUGCCAUCAGGAAGUCUCGGGAGGUGGUGUGACACCCUUUAUCACAUCCCAAAGUCCUUGUUAAUGUUGCAUGAUGUCAUUCAUAGGGUCACAGACUCUCCACUGCCAAUACAAACACUGCUUGUUCAAGGGGGAUAACCUAAGCUACGCUGGGUGCAGUUAUUUCUGAUUAUUACAUUAUUCUUCAGUUCUAACUGUACUGUUGAUACUUAGGCCCCUCUUCCUGGACUAGAUAGAUGUGAUGUGGUUAUUAGGCCCAACUACAGAAUGGAUUUCAUCUGUGAAUCAGUGGCAAUGUAGUACAGAAAUGUGUCACUUGUGGUCAUUUAAUUGAAAUUAGUGUUUGUUAACUGCUAAAUAUCUAAACAAAAGAUCAUAUUAUUGUAUACUGAUCACAUUUCUAUUGCUACCACUCGGGGUCACAUACUGGCAAGAAGAGUCAGGGUCCAGAGCCAAAAUAAAGGCAACCACCACCACUUCAGCACAAUACAGCAGUAGCCAAUGAAAUUCUACAAUUUUUCUUUCCUACAACACUGAAGUCAAACCAUGGUGACUAGUAGCCAAUUGAAUGCCAAACUGCAAACUGCAGUGACUGCGGUUUUUCCCAGCUUGGUAUUAGAGUAGCAUCUCGGUUCCUUCAUUGUAAUAACAUUUUUUUUAUUCCUUUCCUUUUAUUCUCCAUCCCCUAAUUUGCCCUUGUUUAAAACGCCUUUAAUUUUUUGUCACAUUUUGUAAAUGUGUUGUUUUUUUUAUUUGCAAAACAUUUAUCUUAGAUGGUUAAAUGUUAUGUGUAGUUUGAUUAUAUAUUUUAUAAUGUCCUAUCAUUUUACAGAGAAUGGGCUGAUUUAUAUGACGUGCACUAUGUUUCACAGAGACAAAAAUUAAUGAGAGCCAAAUAAACCAAAAUGUACUAAGUCAACUCUGAGAUUAUUAUAGUAUGGCAUGCAAUCACUCAAGUAAACAAAGUCCAACAGACAAAUUAAAUUGACUCUGUUUGACAUGUUACAUUAUGCUGUGUAAGAUAUCAGGGGCAUGCAAGGGUUAGCAGGGUGUGGGUGCCUUGAUAAAACUGAAAACAACAUUCAGGUUCUUUUCCUUGUGCGCAAUGGAAAAAAAACAUUCUGAAUACUUCCCUAGCUUUCCACACUUUGAUAUUUGUGACCAUCAAGUGUGACUCAUGUAAAUUCCUGUAGAGUCACACUUCAAAGCAGAAACAAAGCCAAGAACUGCCUUUGUUUCUGGUAUACCCCCAAUCAUAAUUAAUUUACGGAAAAUUUGUGUUCAAAACUAGUUGCACACAUUCAUUACAGUAAAAAGUACACAUUUAUGUAUGGUAGUGAGUCUAGUUAAUGUUUAAUGACUAUUUCCCCAAAAACAGGUGAGAGUAGACUUAGCAUUCCUCUGAUUAUAGCACAGGGAAGCACACUUUGAUUUAGCUGUUGACAACCUUGUGUUGCUGUUCAGAUGCCCCAACCCCAUUAUGGAGAUAACAUUGAUUUUAAAAAGGAGUGUGUAUAUUUGUGAGGUGAUGUGUCCAUGUUGUUCAGUGUGUAUGCUUAUACUGUUCUAUAACAAUGUUUACUGACCAAAGGAAGAGGGCAGGAAAACUGAGAUAAGGAAGAGAAGUGUUAAAAAAAAAAAAAGAAC